AUGGAAUUCCAGCUGAAGGUUUUGUCCGUGUCCCACGCCCGGGGCUGCCGGGAGAGCCGCGAGUCCCCCCGAGCCCUGGAGCGCUUCGGGGAUGGAAUUGCGGGCGCACGGGAGCAGCGGCCGAUCAGCUCCUCCAGGGAUGGGAUCUCGGAUUUGGGAAUUCCGGGGAUCCCAAGGAUCUCUUCCCAACCUCAAUCACCAUCCCGGACUUCCCGAGGGAGCCCGAAAUCCACGGAUCCCAUCCCAAAAAAAACAAAACCCCAUCACGGAACAGCGGGAAAACUCGGAUCCAACCAUCCCAAAAAAAUUCCGCUCCGGGAAUUUUUCCCUCCUCCGGACCCGCAUUUUUCCAACAUUCCCGUUUUUCCAGGCCCUCGGGAAAAGAUCGUCUACGUGCCCUGCAUCUACAGGAACACCGGGAAGGAAAUUCCCGAUUUUCUGGCCACGGUGGACGUGGAUCCCGAAUCCCCCUCCUACAGCCAGGUUAUCCACCGGCUGCCCAUGCCCAACGUGGGGGACGAGCUGCACCACUCGGGCUGGAACGCCUGCAGCAGCUGCCACGGGGAUCCCGGCAAAUCCCGGGAUUUCCUCAUCCUGCCCGCCCUCGUCUCAUCCCGAAUCUACGUCGUGGACGUGGCCAGCCAGCCCCGAGCUCCCCGCAUCCACAAGGUGGUGAAUCCCGAGGACGUGUUCUGGAAGUGCGGCCUGGGCUACCCGCACACCUCGCACUGCCUGGGCAGCGGGGAGGUGAUGAUCAGCGCCUUGGGAGACCCGGCCGGGAACGGGAAAGGCGGAUUUAUCCUGCUGGACGCCGAGAGCUUCGAGGUGAAGGGGACGUGGGAGGAGGGGGACGAGGUUCCCCCCAUGGGCUACGACUUCUGGUACCAGCCCCGGCACAACGUCCUCAUCAGCACCGAGUGGGGCGCGCCCAAAUUCCUGGGAUACGGAUUCGAUCCCAGCGACCUCGGGAAGGGGCGUUACGGGCGCCGGCUGAACGUGUGGGACUGGAGCAGCCACAGGUACAUCCAGGCCAUCGACGUGGGCGAGGAUUCGGCUCCGCUGGAAAUCCGAUUCCUCCACGAUCCCGACGCUUCCCAAGGAUUCGUGGGCUGCACCAUCAGCAGCGCCGUCCAUCGCUUCUACAAGACCCAGGACGGAGCCUGGGCGGCGCAGAAGGUGAUCCAGGUGCCCAGCAAGAAGGUGGAGGGCUGGCUCCUGCCGGAGAUGCCAGGAUUCAUCACGGAUAUCCUGAUUUCCCUGGACGACCGCUUCCUGUAUUUCAGCAAUUGGCUGCACGGCGACGUGCGCCAGUACGACAUCUCCGACCCCAAAAAUCCCAGACUGGUGGGGCAGGUGAGGAUUCCCGCCGGAAUUCCGUCGGUUUUUCCAUGGUUUUGGGGUUUUUUUUCCCUGGGAUCGGCCAAGGCGGGGGUUGUCCUGCAGGUGUUUGUGGGCGGCAGCGUCGCCAAGGGAGGGCCGGUGAGGGUGUGCGAGGAUGAGGAGCUGCAGAGCCAACCGGAGCCCUUCGUCAUCCAGGGCAGGAAGGUGCCGGGGGGGCCGCAGAUGCUGCAGCUGAGCCUGGACGGGCGGCGGCUCUACGUGAGCACCUCCCUGUACAGCGCCUGGGACCGGCUCUUCUACCCCGAGCUGCUCAGGUCAGGGCCCACAUCACCUCCCCUCUCUCCCGCGCCCCGUGGGGACGCGCUGGGGACGCGCUGGGGACGCGCUGGCAGCAGCAGCAGCAGCAGCAGCAGCAGCAGCAGCAGCUCCUCGCUGGAGCUGAGCGCGCUGGGCACGGCCGAGCACAUGCACGCCUGCAGCUGGAUCCGCAACCACCUGGAGGAGCACACGGACACCUGCCUGCCCAAACAGGACGUCUACGACGCCUACAAGCGUUACUGUGACAACCUCGGCUGCCGCCCCCUGAGCACGGCCAAUUUCGGCAAAAUCAUCCGGGAAAUCUUCCCAAACAUCAAAGCCCGGCGCCUGGGAGGCCGAGGACAAUCCAAGUACUGCUACGGGGGGAUCCGGAGGAAGACAGUGGUGAGCCUUCCUCCCCUGCCCAGCCUGGACCUGAAAGCCACCGAGACCGCGGAGCUGGCGGAGCUGGUACCCUCGUACAGCUCGGAGGUGACAGAGGCCGCCUGUGCCCUGACGUGUGACUGGGCUGAGAAGAUCCUCAAGCGCUCCUUCAACAACAUCGUGGAGGUGGCGCAGUUCCUGCUGCAGCAGCACAUCAUCAGCUCCCGCUCCGCGCACGCCGACCUCCUCAUGGCCAUGGUGGUGGCAGGUCAGCACCCUGGGGACACUGACAGCACCCUGGGGACACUGACACAUCACUGGGGACACUGACACCCCCUGGGGACACUGACACCUCA